GAUAUACAAACACACACAAUCACACAUGAGCCCAUUUGAAUUGCAAGUGAGCUCUGUGCACUACCAGAGGAGGUAAACAGAAGGAACAAGUGAAAAGAACUGGAGGUGGAAAAGCAGAAGAAGGGGAUAGAGGCUUCAUUGACCGGAUGACAUUGACACAGUGUUUAGCAGGACAAGCCUCCACGUGUGAAGGACUGAGAAAUAAAGAGAAAGAGUGAGGAGAAUACUUGGGAGCCUUGCACCACACCAGGGCACAUAGGAGCUGGGACAGCCCUGAAGGGACACCUUUGCUCUGAAGAAACAUCACCUUGAGUAGGGAGCGAGCAGCACCCCAUGAGAGAGGGAGUCAGUGGAACACCCAACAACAACCUGCUGUCGCUCCUCCUCUCCUCGCAACCGGAUCUCAUCCCUUCUCCUCCUCCUCCAUCCUCACUCCCUCUCUCAUUUGAUCCCAUCCCUCACUCCCUGUGCCGGAGAGGGAGAGUGUGCACUGAGAGAAGAGCCUGGGAGAUAUCCAAGACUGGGUGACUGGGGAAAGUCAAAGGCAGAAGAAGACAGAGGGCAAGAAUCAGUGAUGGCACUAAUGUCCCAGUCCUGGUGUCUUGGUGCAGCUUUGGUGCUGUUUUGUGGGUCUUCAUGGCCUCAGGUGCGUUCGGCUUUGGCACCAGAGAAUGAGGUGCCACUUCGCCCCACUACAUGGUUACCAGAAGGAAAACUCACCUCUAUAACUCUCCCCAAAGGACGAACUCGCAGGCUGUACUUCACACUGAAGAAGAAGGCACCGGCCAUGUCUGUGACAGUGAGCCCAUGUGACUCUCCCAUCGAAUGGGGUUUGGCUGCCCGCACCCUGAAGGACAAACCCCUCAAGAGCCUGCAGUGGAGCACCAAAAAGAGCACACCUGAGGUGUGGUGGCAAGGGCCUGGGACGGAGGAGAAAAUACAUAGCCGCACCAGUAAUACAGUGGACACCUACAGGGGGCCUUCAUAUCCCCACGCUUCCAUUUACAUCCUGAGGCUGCGCUCCAAACAGCAGAACACUAGAGCUACAGUGUACCUCCAUGAAGGCCUGGGGCCCUCAGGCAUCUUCCCUCUGCUGCCAGCUGACCCUCGAGUUCACACUUUAGGUGUAGGCAUGACCAGUGUCACCCUCAGCUGGGCGCCCAGUGCCUCCAUAACCAGCCUCCCACAGACACAGAAAAGUUAUGAAUACUGUGUUCUCAUUAACUCUCAGAAAAACUACCAAAGCCUUUGUGGUGCCCAAGAGGACACAAGGAAAGAGAAAGAGCAGAAACAUGAAAAGAAGGAGAGGAAGAGGAGAGUGACAGUAUGGCCGAUUUUGAAAGAGUGGUGGUGGCAGCAGUGGGACACUUAUCCUGAACCCCAGAGUCCAACUUCUUCCCUCACUGCUGAGUCUACUGGUCUCCAGUGUGUCUGUCAGGGGACAGAGAGUGUUUGCACCAUCUCUGAGCUCCUGCCUGACACCCAGUAUUACUUUGAUGUCUUUUUGAUUGAUAUUGUGAAUAGGACUAGCAUGGCAUACAAGGGGACAUUUGCUCGAACACAUGAGGAGGCUCAGCCGGCAAUCACUACGCUAAGAGAAGGGGAGCUGAGGUGGGUGACCUUCCCUGAUAGACACUUCAGCUCAGAGCAGUUUUUCAGUUUCCGUCCUCGGGGCUGGCAGCACAGUGGCCUCCUCACCUUGCAGAGCUGCAGUGGAGAUGAAAAGGUUAAGGUCACUGUGUCCAGUAAAGGCCAUGUUUUGACCUCCCAGGCUGUGGGGGGAGAUUUAGUGCACAUUUGGCUCCAGGGAAAUCCUUCCUAUCUCAUCCACUUAGAGAGAGAAGCAACUGCCACAGACCAGCUCUCUGCUGCUAAUGACCCAGGCCUACCAGGAGGUUUGAUGGCUUCAGUCAAAAUGCAGACUUCCUCAGCUUACCACCGCAAAGGGGUCCCAUCACUGCCUUCAACCUUGCAGAUAAAAUCUUUCAACCGGUUACGUGGUUGCAAUAGUGUCACCCUGGCCUGGAUGGGCACAGAGGAAAGAAGCCUGUACUGUGUGUACAGCAGAAAAUUAGGAAUAUAUGAAGAUGAGGCUGGAGGAGUAGCAGCUCUAACAGCGCCCUGUCUGGGCCCAGAGUCUCGCUCUGAUACCGAGAGGGUUCUUUGCAAGUAUUUCCAAGAGCUGAAUCCUCAGCGGGCAGUCACUACAGCUGUGAUCGGGGGCCUGGAGCCAGGGAUGGCCUAUGUGUUUGAUGUCUACCUAAUGAGACGCUGGGGGCUCCCUAUCAAAUAUGCUAGCAAGAUGGUGAAGACCAGAAAGGAAUGCUGAGCUGCCGCCCCCUACAGGAGAUAUUAGACUGUCCCAUUUUAGGGGAAACUGCAUCAGCCAUGGACAUGCCCUAAAGACUGACCAUGAGAAUGAAGCCAUUUGACUGUUGUGGAGAGACUGUUACCAUAACAAGGAAAUAUUCUCUCUGGAGGAGCAAAGGUUACAUUUGAACUCCACUUGCACGCAUAGUGCAAGUGGAUGGAAAGCAUAUGAUAAGGAUCUGCACACCAGCAAAAGUUCAUAACAUUUACAAUAGAACUCUUGUGCUUUUGUCAUUUUGUUUUUCAUUGUUGAUCAUGAUAAUGAUGUGCCAGUUGUCCAAGUGCUUAUUUUGUGUCUGAGUAUAAAGGAUAUCUGAGAUUUGUGAUGACAGAAAAUCAAUAGAAAAACAGCAACAGAAACGUGCCAAAUAUGCAACAGAAACAGAUGGGGCAAUAACUGGAUAACAGCUGAGAUGGGGGGUUUCAGUGUAUAUCUCCAUUGCUGCAUAUUGUACAGGCUUAUACACACAGAUGAGCACAGUACAGAUGCUUAGUUAAAAGUCAGCGUGCAUCUUUGUGUUCUGCUUUUGCAUGAAACAAUGAAAAAUGCUUAGUGACUUGCUUCAUUGUCUGAUGUAUUCUUGAACUGCUUCAAAUGCACCAAUAAAUACUCUGUUGUGUGUGUAUGUAUUCUGAAGUGUCGAAUAAGACGUUCAUGCUAUCAAACCGUUUUCAAAUACAGU